ACAGCUAGUAGUCAUAUGACCUGUAGUGCUUCUAUAUACAGGCCAUAGACACAGCAAUUGUUACGCACACAGGACUUCGACACAAGCGUUUGAGGCGAACAUCGUUGGUGCAUUAGGCUGGUUUCGUCCUCGACAUGACUAGCAUGUCUUUUGUUAGUUUGGUGGUGUGUUUCCUUGCUGUUUCGUGUCUUACAUGGGCAGACUACGCCCCUGACGAGGUAACCGAACUACCGGGAAUGUCGUUUAAACCAAACUACCGGCAAUGGUCGGGCUAUUUGAAAGCCAGCCCUGGAAAGUUUCUCCAUUACUGGUGAGUAUCAGUAAUGCCAUACUAACUAACAACUUAUAGUGUUUGUUCUGGUUGGGGAUGCUUUCAGAAACUCCAGCUCGUGCACAACAUCAGUUUGCUACAAUAUGUAUCAGUGGGAAUCGGUUUAUUCCAAAUGUGUGAAAUAAUAAAUUAAUCAACGCAUGGCAUAAAUAACCGUAUUAUCUUUUUAAAAAGUCAUCAAAUAAACUUACAAGAGUGACUAUUGCUCAAUAGUAAAUUAAUACAUACAGUAGUUAUUACAGAGACAACUGAAGAUUGUUUAACAAAAUACAACUUCAAAUAGAAAGUCAGACAGGCAGAAGUGGAAACACUUCUGAAGCUGGACUAGAUUAUUGUUUAUACUUUCUCUUUUACUACUUCCUCCAGCAUCGGUAAAGCAUGGUGUUGUAGCUUGUACUUUCAUUGAGACGUUUAAGAGCUAGAACACCCUUUGCCAUAAGCUAUGAGAAGUUAAUGAAUGACAAAAUAACACAUGACAAACUUUUAUUCUAGUGUUCUACAGGCCACACACAUACUGUACACACACGUCCACGUAAGCACACAUUAAAGUAAUCAGCAGACACUGUUGUACCUGGGGUCUAGAAUUAAGUGCGGAGUGCACCAAGUGUGUCUUCGGGUGCUCCCUAUCUCCCGUUAACCUGGCCCUCUACCUCCCUGCUCCCCCAGGUUUGUGACCUCACAGAGGGACCCACUGAAGGACCCUGUUGUGCUGUGGCUGAACGGAGGGCCAGGCUGCAGCUCGCUGGACGGCUUUCUGUCAGAGAAUGGCCCCUUCCAUGUGAGUUCUCCCACACCUUACCUUUUCAGCAUGAGCUUAGCAGGACCUGUGAUUUCAGUUUGUGCCUGUGUGUCCCAGUGUAAUCUUAUUGUAUGCAGCAAUUCUGAGUCACACAGAAUAACAACAUAAUUUUGUCUCCCUCAGGUGAAUGAUGAUGGGGCCACUCUGUAUGAGAAUAAGUUCAGCUGGAACAGGAUCGCCAACGUUCUAUACCUAGAGUCCCCUGCAGGUGUGGGAUACUCCUACUCUGACAACCAAAAGUACAAAACUGAUGACGACCAGGUGAGCUCAUCAAGGUCUCAUUCGGGAGAGUGAAAUGCAUUGAAUAAAUCGGACAUGAUUAUAUACCUCUUGUCAUAGAAAUACAGUGUGUAUAACAGACAUGCCUAUCUGAACUUUCCAGUGUUGUGCUCCACUGACAGUGGCUCAGAAAUAAAUAAUGCAGUUCACGCUUCCUAAUUGAAUACUAAAGUAAUAGUAACUGAUUUAUCUCCCCCUUACUAUUAGGUGGCUGAUGACAACUACCUAGCUCUGCAGAGUUUCUUUGCCAAGUUUCCAAACUUCACACAGAAUGAGUUCUUCAUCAUCGGUGAGAGUUAUGGUGGGAUCUAUGCCCCGACACUCAGCCAGCGUGUAGCCACAGGGACCGCAAAGAUUAACUUCAAGGUGAGUUGAUUCACACACCGACUUAAUUGUUUUGAGUGGAUUCCCCUCUUACACUCUAAAAAAUAAAUGCAUUGUUGGUUAAGGGCUGUAAGUAAGCAUUUCACGGUAAUGUCUACACCUGUUGUAUUCGGCGCAUGUGGCAAAUCAAAUUUGAUUUGAUUUGAAAAUCAGAAGACUGAGCAUAAAAGUUGAAAGCAAUGUGAUGGAAUUCAUUCCUAUCCAAUCACCUGUCAAUGAUUAUGAAGAAAAGGAGGCAAGGAGAGGAUGCCAUGAAUCUAAUAUGUAUCUGCCAGUUAUAAAGAACUCAUUUAAUGUGUUUGUCAGGGCUUUGCAGUGGGUAAUGGCCUCAGUAGCUUUGCCCUGAAUGACCAGUCUCUGAUCUACUUUGGUUACUACCAUGGCCUCUUUGGAGAACAGUAAGAAACACACAACACAUUCACUCAUGUGGGACUGUGUUGCUAUGUUUACAUUACUAGAGAUAAUUCCUUUCAAAAGCCCCACAACAUAUGUAUAGGCUUGUCUGAUGCUUCUGUUACAAGACAUUGCAAUGUGUUUAAGUAAACUAUCCUCUUGCAGACUGUGGACAGAUCUGAACACAAACUGCUGCGAUAAGGGAACCUGUAACUUCUUCAACAACAGCAAGGAGGCCUGCAAGACACUGGUACACAUGGACACACUUUUACAAACAGAUAAGAAGUAUUAUACAUCAAAUACAGAAAUUGGGCUACUAUUACAUGCGCAGGUUUAACAUAGAAAUGUGUACUUGUCCUUUCUUGCUCUCUCAGUUGAGCCAGGCCUUUAGUAUUGUGUAUGAUUCUGGGCUGAAUGAGUAUGCACUUUACCUGGACUGUGAGGGUGGCGUUAGGGCCAGAGCCUAUGAGAGGAGCAUGAGCCACCUCUUCAGGAACUACAGGAAGCACUGGGACACCUUCCAGGUAAGUGCCCCCCCCCCCCCCCCCCCCCAUGGAGGAAUACAGUGUUCAAGUCCAUCCUGGCAUUAGAUAUUGAUAGUCUUGUGUUCAGAAGGGUUGUUCCAGUUAUUCUCUAAUUAUGUUUGAAGUGGUUAUGAUGGAAGAUAUUGGUGUGUUAUGUAAGUACUUUGUGUCGCUGUAGCUGCUGAAGGUGCCGUCCAUCGCUGGCCAAACUCCUUCGGUGGGUGAGGUCCCUCCUUGCAUUAACAGCACAGCUCAGAUGAACUGGCUCAACCGGGGUGAUGUGAGGAAAGCCCUACACAUCCCUGAUACACUUCCGCCCUGGGACAUCUGCAGGUAUAUUACACAAGUACCCACACAUCCCUAACACUCAGGAAGUCUAAAUUCAGCAAAGGAACACCUAAAACCUGACAACAGUAAACUACCUACAAAAUGACAUCUUUACCAUAACUCUCUAUGUAGUGACGUGGUGGGGGGACAGUACACCAACAUCUACCCGACAGUGAAGGAUGUGUAUCUGAAGCUGCUGUCUCUGGGGGUGCGGGCGCUGGUCUAUAACGGAGACACUGACAUGGCCUGCAACUUCCUGGGAGACAAGUGGUUUGUGGAGCAGCUCAACCAGAAGGUAAGGCUCUUGAAGACUGGUAUUUGGGUCAUGUGGCAUAGAGAUUUGUAUGCUGGGUUGCAGGGUAUUUGACAUGUUUGUAACUCACAGGGCAUGCAUUGUGAAGACUUUUUUCUUUCAUUUCCAGACAACCACCAAGUACCAGAGCUGGAUAUCUGAUGACCAGAUUGCCGGCUUCUACGAGCAGUAUGGAAACAUCACCUUCCUGACUGUGAAGGUAAGCACUACUUAGUUAGCAUAUUGGCAUUGAUUCACUGUCUUCAGACUCAUUAACACACCACAGACACAUUGUAUAUGUUCAUAAAGAUUAGUGGAUGCAACAGGGGAGGCUGCUGCGUUCUAAUCCCAUCCUCUGUUUCAGGGCGCUGGUCACAUGGUGCCGCAGUGGGCUCCAGGCCCCGCCUUAGACAUGUUCCAGUCCUUCCUGUCCAACAAACCCUACUGAGCAUUCUCCUGGGGCUGCUUCCAGUGUCAGUAAUGGAACUUAUUAGUUGGUCAGGAUGAUGGCCCAUUUUUCUCAGGGAGGGUUGGGUGGAAAAGGGGAUCUGUUCAAUGUUUUUGUAUUGUUAUCAAAUGACAUGUUUCUGUUGCACUCCAAGUAAGCUCAGUAGAUCAAAGCAAGUGCACACACUUAUCAGUGUUGGGGACUAAGCCAUUUCUUAAUUUCAGUAAAUGUAUCAUUUUACUUUUCUUGAAGCAAACUACAUAUUAAUAGCCUUACAGAAAUGUUUUGAUGUGAUCCACCUCAAUCUUCCUUUAGUGAUGCUGUGCAAUCACUCUGGUUGGCUUUAACUGAUUAGCAGCUUAUUAGUCUCAUCAGAACUGUCAUUUGCCUUUUGUGAAUUUCCUCAUGCAGUUUUUUUAAUCAGGGGUUUUCAGUUGUCACUACUUGGGGGAGCUGAAAUGCUGUGGAACUCAAAUAGCCAAAAGGCCAAUCAGCACUUUAAAAUAAUCUAACAUUCUUUGUCUUUCAAAUAAAUGCUUUUUAUGAAA